CUCCUGACCCACCGCCUCUAGACCCCGAAACUCCGGACUCGAAGCCCCAGGAUCCCGGACCGGUCCCGCGGAGCUCGCGCCGGACAGCCGCCACGAUGCCUGGCCCUUGGUUGCUGCUCGCCCUGGCUUUGACCCUGACCCUGACCGGUGUCCCCGGAGGCCGCGCACAGCUCGAGGUGGACCAGCAGGAGGCUGCGAUGGCUGCAGAGCACCCUGCCCUGAGGGACCUCCUGCGCCAGGCGGGGCACCUUCUCCUCCUCCGGGAGGACCUCCAGCGGCUGCAAGGGGACCAGGGAAAUCGCGAAUCAGAGUCCCAGAUCUUUCAGUCCAAUGGGCUCUCUAAGCGUCAGCAUCCAGGCAAAAGGGAGGAGGAGGCAGAAGAGGGAGUUGAAGACGAGGAAGAAGAAGGAGGGGCUGUGGGGCCCCACAAAAGGCAGCAUCCAGGCCCGUGGGAGAACGCAGCUGCGUGGUCAGUGGAUGUGACCCCGCAGAAGCGGCAGCACCCUGGCCGGCGCUCCUUCUGGCUGGGGUAUACUUUCACCAAGAGGCAGCACCCUGGCAGACGGCUGGUGGACCCCAAGGCCCAAAGGAGCUGGGAAGAGGAGGAGGAAGAAGAGGAGGAGGAGGGAGAGCUGAUGCCUGAGAAACGCCAGCAUCCGGGCAAGAGAGCCUUGGGAGGCCCGUGUGGGCUCCAGGGAGACUGUGGUCAAGCCAGCCUCCUGCUGGGGCUCCUGGAUGACCUGAGCAGGGGCCAGAGGCCUGAGGAGAAGCGACAGCACCCUGGACGGCGGGCGGCCUGGGCCAGGGAGCCCCUGGAGGAGUGAGCCCAGUUUCCUGUGAAGUCGAGUUUGGGGU